AUGGCUACCAAACUAAAGUUUAAACUAGAAGAUAAAUUCCAGCCUUUCUUUAAUUCACAAUAUCCAAUAUUCUACACUGAGUCGGGAAGAAUUUACUGUGGAAGAGAUGUUGACGAUUCGCUAUGUAUUAAUGUACUGGAUGGAAAUUCAUUUACUUUAGUCAAAAGAGUGCAGGAUGAUGAGUAUAUCACAUCUUUCGUUGUGGAUGAGGCCGAAUCAGAAAUAUUUAUUGCUACCAAAAAUUUGCUUUUAAAACGCCUUGAUGGCCUUUCUUUAAGACCUACAAAAGUUUGGAUGUCUUGUCACCAAAGAAUCGUUCAGAAAAUGGCACUUAACAAAUCUUCAACACGGUUAGCUACAGGUUCAGGAGAUAUGGUUGUUCGACUAUGGCAUAUCGGUCCAAAGGAAGGUUUUUCGUCAAGCUGUCGAUUGCACCAGGGGAUGAUAACACUAUUGAAAUUUCAUCCAACAUUGCCGUACCUUUUCUCAUCGUCAAUAGGUGAUCAUUUUGUAGCUGUUUGGGACACCGAGACUGGAAAACAUGUCUCUUCCUUAGAAGGUCAUCAAAGCAUUAUUACAAGUUUGGAUUUCAAUGUUGGAAAAAAUGAAUUCGUUACGUGCGCACGGGAUAAGGUUGUUAUUGUAUGGUCGUCUGUAGAUUUCACAAAACAAAAAGUUAUUCCUACCUUUGAGAGCUUAGAAGCCUGUGCUUUCCUUCCUAUUGGCGCGUUAACAAAUCAUUUGGGUCACAAGUUCUCUGAAACCCAUACUUCUCUAUUAUUGACUGGUGGUCAGUGGGGUUGUCUACGUUGCUGGGAUAUAGAUACUGGGCGUUGUGUUUUAGAAAUCAAAGGUCCCCUAGAUCGAACUCCUCAAUCGGAUUCUAGUGGUUCCACUGCGUUAGAUCGUCAUUCAAUCGACUAUGGACUACAUUCUAUCAGUCAUUUGAAUCUUUACAAUGUGAAGAGCAGUAAUGACAGUGUAUCCAGUGAAAGUCAAAACUCAUUCUUACGAUUACUUCUUGUGCGCCAAAGUAAUCAUGUUGAAUUUUAUGAUCCAAUGGUUGGCAAGCUGACAGCUGAGGUAUAUAGUAGUUUCAUUUUUAAUUUAUUCAUCUCAUGA